AAGAAUUGGUAUCAUAAAGGAGCGCCAAUUAUUUCCAAGAAUGGCUUAGAAUGGAUUGCUUCCAGAACUGACCAGAGCACUGCAACUUUACGGUCAUUUUUGUCUCCAGGCCGUUACAGCCAGCCGGAUUGUAAGACCUCAAGUCUUCAAGGGUAUGCUUCCGCCGGAGAACUAUGGGAUUUGCCGGAUAAGAGCCUGGUACACAAAUGGUUCAGUGCUCUCUCGCAUUCGUCUCUCCAAAUGCUGUUCCCUUCUCUCGAUACGGUGCUCUUCGAAGAGACUGUAGACAUGGCCUAUCGGACUUUUGAAGGAAUGCAUGCUUCUUAUUUACAUACGUCGGCGAGAGCAUGCUUCUGGGCUGUAUGCGCUAUCAUGUCACAUUUGAAGGUCUCUGGACAUGUGAUCUCAAGCUUCAACAGUAGCACAUGUGCAGCCAGAGCAGAGCGGUUUCUGGAGCUCUCCAAUGGUCCUGCAAACUGUGAUUUUUUACAAGCAUUAGUACUACUGUACAAAUACCAAACUGCAAUUGGAGAGCAUAGCCGCGCUGUAGCGUUGCAUUCAGCAGCUUGCCGCAUGGUUUGCGAGCUCAAUGGCCAUUCUUAUCAGCCAGUGAAACGCAACGAGGUUGAAAGCUCCCUCUUCGAGCGCCGAAAAGAUCAUACUCGGAGACUGUUCUGGCUAUGCUAUCAUACCGACAAAGACGUUGCUCUAUUAUCUGGACUGCCCCCUACUCUCGCCAAUGAGUAUUGCGAUGUUGGUGGACCCGAAGAUGAAGGCGCUGAUGCCAGCGACAUCGACACCAUUGCUUGGGAUAGAGCUAUCCCAUUCCUUCCUGGUGACCCGCCUCUUGGAGUAUUAAAAGAGAAAAUAUUUCGGCUACUUUACUCGCCUUUAGCUCUGAAGAUUAUCGAUAGUGAACUCCUCACUCGAAUCCGCCAUUUGGAUGAUGAACUUGAGGGUUGGCGCUUGUCUGUUCCUCAUGAAAUUCGUCCCAAGCUAUCAAUUUCCCAGAGCCAAUGCUUGUCACCUACUGGUACAUUCCCAAGCUAUUUGAGAUCGGUGCAACUACAGCUAGAAUAUCAUUACCUUUUGACAGUUAUCCACACACCAGUUAGGAGAUUCGGAGCUGCCCAAGAUGCAGAAACCAGUCCACCCGAGGAACUUCAUAGCGUCAUGCAUUCAAGCAUUGACUUAUCUCUAGAAGCCAGCCGCUCAACAUUGCGUUUGUUGAAUGAACCAAUCGCCAUAUUAAAGCAAGAUACUUUCUGGUAUAGCAUCAUCUACCCGCUCGUAGCCGCCAUGCCAUUAUUUGUCAACAUUCUGAUACAUCCCGUUGGCUCUCAAGCUGCAGCUGAUGCGAAAUCACUCGCUUUGGCGCUGGAUGUCAUUACCAAGAUGCGACCAUCAGCCACUUCAGAUUGCGAAUUGACGGAAACUGGACAAGCGCACCAACUUAUAACUGAACUGUCAAAGCUAGUAAGCGCAGCUAUUUUGAAAGCCGGCGCAAUCUCUAGGACGAACAGAUUACACGUCAAUGAAGAUGUACACUGA